CCGUCCACUGCCUUGCAUCUUUUUUCUCAUUCCUCCUUCAUAUUCCUUUUAUCGUGGUUGCUGUUGUGUUUUUCGCUGGUUUGUCGUGUGAGCAGAGUGCAGUAUGUAUUUCUCCGACCCCAGUGCCCACCCAGGGAUCCUUUCUGGUUCGCAUUUCCCAAGACAGGCUGGCAACGCUUCAGAAGCCUCUUCUGCCUCUGCCUCUGGUACUGGUGAUUCCACUUCCAGCACAGGCUCUGCAGUUCAACCAAGUGCACCGACGUCUUCAGUGGACCCACCGCCUUCGAGCACUCAGGGAGGCUACACCACUGCCACCUCGACAUCAGGAACUGGAGAUGGCCAGACAUCAUCUACUUAUGUCCAGCCUACGUCUGACAGCGUGAUCAGCUCUCCUUCGUCGACGCAGCCCUCGUCCACCCCAACUUCCUUAUCUCCCUCUUCGUCUCCUCCUUCGUCAAGCUCUUCCGCGAGUACUCCAUCUUCUACUCCAACUAGCACUCCGACGUCUUCCGUUUCACCAACUAAUACCUCCUCCUCGUCUUCUUCUUCACCUUCUUCUUCACCCCCGCCAUCGUCAUCUACCUCACCAACUAACACUUCUUCCACUUCUCAGCCUACCUCUUCUUUACCCCAGUCUUAUUCGACUUCUUACAC